GCCCUUUCCCUCCGUCUUUCAGUUCCGGCCCGGCCUUUUCUGUGCGUCACGCCGGGGCGAGCUCAGGGGGCGGCGGCGGAGGAGGAGGCAGGCCUGGGCCCGAGCAGAGAGAGCGCUUCUCCAUGGCUCAGGGCAAGCGGAAAUUCCAGGCCCGUAAGCCGGCCCCGGCGGGCAAGAAGGCAGCAGCUGCGAGCGCCGCCCGGGGGCCUCGGAAAGGAGGCCGUGUAAUUGCUCCCAAGAAGGCACGUGUGAUCCAGCAGCAGAAACUGAAAAAGAAUUUGGAGGUUGGCAUCCGUAAGAAGAUUGAGCACGAAGUCCUGAUGAAGGCCAGCGCUAAACUACCCAAGAAGCUGAGUGUGCUGAAGGCCCCCAGACUGGAAAGUGCAAAAGAGUCAGGCCACUCCAGCCGGUCUUAGUCCAGUGGAGCGGGUGAUGGCAAGCCACCACAUGCUCUCGGGUGACGGUAGCCAUGGGACCCACCUUACGAGGAACUGGAUGGACCAGUUCAACGCCGCUCAUGUAUUGGCAGACAGAAACCAUUUCCUUUCACACCAGGAACCUCGUGACCUAUGAGGAGAACUUUAGUUUUAAGCCUUAGCUUACCUACUGUGGGUACAAAUCCCACGAAUGUAUAUGUAUGUUCAGUAUGAAAUGCGCUGGAGCACGUGCUGGAAUAAAUGUCUGCUGGGGUUUCAGCAAAACCAGGCUCAUGAAGUCUGAUCAGAA